AUGAAGCUCUCAGAACAGGGCUCGCGGCAAAAUACUAUCAUGGUGGUGUUCACCAUCGUCACAGUCAUCUUUCUGCCGUUGUCCUUCAUUGCAAGCUUUUUUACCAUAGGCAUUGUAGAGUUCCCCAAGAACGAGGAAACCGGCGAGGUUGACUGGCCGGUCAACGAAGUGUCAAAAUAUCUGUUUCCCAUCUCCGUUGGUGUGUCUGCUGUCAUUCUCCUCGGCAUCGGCAUCGUGUUCUACCGCAUGGCGAGCAAAGCCAAGAGGCGCAUGGACAGCGCGCAACGGCCACCACCAAGCAAAUGGCAAGCUCUAAAGCAAUCCCAAACCAGAAAGUACAGCCACAAGCACAAGCACAAGCACAAGCACAAGCAAGACGAUGACGACUCGUAUCUCUCGGACUGCACUUCGGACAUUUCCGACGGGUACAGCACUCGGCGGCGUCGCAACGACGACGAUUCGAGCGACGAGGAAUCAGACGACUUGAGCAUCGACGACGACAACGACUACGCCCCGAUCUUUCGCCGCUUUCGGUUCCAUACGCAUGUCCCUGGCUUGCGCAAGCUCUGGCUGUGGAAGUUGUAUCCUGUUUCGCAACCUCCGGCUCAUCAUCAUUUGAGCAAGGCUCAGGAGGACUUUGAGUGGGAUUAUCCUUUGAGGAGGUGGAGAGAUGUUACGAGGGAGAAGAUGGCGGUUUAUGUUGCGUCGUGGAAGGCUAAUCAGCUGCAAAGGAAGGGACAUGGAUCGAGGCAUAAUCACCCGGAUGAGGAUGAGUGCUUUUCGGAGGAUGAGAGGCAUAGGAGCCAGACGGAGGAGUUGGAACAUCGGGAGAGGGUUGAUGAGAGGAAGGAUUGGUUGAGGGGGUGGUUGGGACUGUCGUGGGGGAGGAGGAAGGGGAGGGAGAGUGGGGAUGAGCCUGAGGAUGAUGGUGAUGAGGGUGGUGCAGCGCACAGCAUGAGGAGUGAGAAGGGUUUGGGGAGGUUAUUUAGGAGGAGGGGUAAUCGGGAGGAGAGGUGGGAUGAGGAGAUGGGCACGGCGAGACCGGCGUGA